AUGUCUCCUUCAGCCAUCGCUCCUGAAGCCGCGCCUUUGUCUACCAAUGGCCAGACUAACGGAAAUGCGCCGGAGAUUGUCGAGCAAACCGGCAUUCCACCUUACCUGUCGACCAUGCCAAGCGAGGAGUUUGACUGGAAAGUCUCGCUGAAGAACAAAGUCAUUGCUGUCACUGGAGCGAAUCGCGGUAUUGGCCUUGGUCUUGCCACAGUCUUUCUGGCAAAUGAGGCCGCCCAUGUGUACUCGCUGGAUCUGUUCGAACCCGGAGAGGAAUUUGCAGCGCUCCAGAAGGCAAACCCAAAACGCGUCCACUACCUGAGCUGUAACGUGACCUCAGAAGAGAGCGUUACCAAGGCAAUUGAUCAGAUUGUUGCUCAAACUGGUCGCAUCGACGGAAUGGUUGCCAAUGCCGGCAUGACAAAGCACCAGUCGGCCCUCGACUUCGACCAGGCUCAGCUCGAACAGAUGUUCAACCUCAAUGUCUUUGGCGCGUACUACUGUGCGACUGCGACUGCAAAGAAGUUCAUCGAGCUUGGCAUCAAGGGCAGCAUUGUCUUCACCGCCUCAAUGACUUCGUACCGACCCAACCGAGCUGGACCGUCUGCACCAUACGGCGGGUCCAAGGCGGCCGUUCGCAACAUGGCACACACUCUCUCUAUGGAAUGGGCAAAGCACGGUAUCCGCGUGAACAGCAUUUCGCCAGGGUUCGUCAGGACGCAGAUGACGUACAAGAUCGAGCGCGCUCCGGAUUUCGCCGAGAAGAUGCAUUACUACGGGGGCAUGCCCAGGUUGGCCGACCCCAGGGAAUUGGGAGGCGGAUACGUGUACCUGCUCAGUGACAGCGCCUCCUACACAACGGGCAUCGACAUCCCAAUUGCGGGUAUUGUGGGCGCGUGGUAG